CCGGUCUGUAGCGGUGACGUGUCUCUCUCCUCCUCCCUGGCUCUGUCAGUCAUUGAGAUUCACUCCGUGCUGGUUUCCACCGAAGAAAAGGAUAUACGUUGUUUGUUAAGACAUCAUGGGCAUUAAAUUCUUGGAGGUGAUAAAGCCGUUCUGUGCGGUGCUGCCAGAGAUCCAGAAACCAGAGCGAAAGAUUCAAUUUAAAGAAAAGGUGCUAUGGACUGCAAUUACGCUCUUCAUCUUUCUAGUUUGUUGCCAAAUUCCCCUCUUUGGCAUAAUGUCCUCAGACUCUGCAGAUCCAUUCUACUGGAUGAGAGUCAUUCUGGCUUCAAAUAGAGGUACUCUGAUGGAGCUGGGUAUCUCGCCUAUUGUCACCUCAGGCCUGAUAAUGCAGCUCCUGGCUGGAGCUAAGAUCAUUGAGGUUGGAGACACACCAAAGGACAGGGCUCUCUUUAAUGGAGCUCAGAAAUUGUUUGGGAUGAUCAUCACCAUUGGCCAGUCCAUUGUUUAUGUGAUGACGGGCAUGUAUGGAGAUCCAUCAGAGAUGGGUGCAGGGAUCUGUCUGCUCAUCAUCAUUCAGCUGUUUGUAGCGGGGCUGAUUGUGCUGCUCCUCGACGAAUUGCUCCAGAAGGGCUAUGGACUCGGUUCUGGGAUCUCCCUAUUUAUUGCCACCAAUAUCUGUGAGACCAUUGUCUGGAAGGCUUUUAGUCCCACCACUGUGAACACAGGCAGAGGCACAGAAUUUGAGGGAGCAGUCAUUGCUCUUUUUCAUCUGCUCGCCACAAGGACCGACAAAGUGCGUGCUCUAAGAGAGGCCUUCUACAGGCAGAACCUCCCCAACCUCAUGAACCUCAUUGCUACAGUGUUUGUCUUUGCUGUAGUCAUAUACUUUCAGGGAUUCAGAGUGGAUCUGCCCAUCAAAUCGGCACGCUACCGUGGCCAAUAUAACACAUACCCCAUCAAGCUUUUCUACACCUCCAACAUUCCCAUCAUCCUGCAGUCUGCUUUGGUAUCCAACCUGUAUGUUAUCUCCCAGAUGCUUUCCACACGCUUCAGUGGGAAUUUCCUGGUGAAUCUGCUGGGAACGUGGUCUGACACGUCAUCAGGUGGACCAGCCCGAGCCUAUCCUGUUGGAGGACUGUGCUACUACCUCUCCCCACCGGAGUCUUUUGGUUCCGUUCUGGAGGACCCUGUCCAUGCGCUCAUCUACAUCUUUUUCAUGCUGGGCUCAUGUGCCUUUUUCUCCAAAACUUGGAUUGAAGUUUCAGGGUCUUCUGCUAAAGAUGUGGCAAAGCAGCUGAAGGAGCAGCAGAUGGUGAUGAGAGGACACAGGGAAACCUCAAUGGUUCAUGAACUAAACAGGUACAUUCCAACUGCUGCUGCCUUUGGUGGACUUUGCAUCGGAGGUUUAUCUGUGAUGGCUGACUUCCUCGGUGCCAUCGGCUCUGGCACCGGCAUCCUGCUGGCUGUCACAAUCAUCUAUCAGUACUUUGAAAUCUUUGUAAAAGAACAGAGUGAAGUAGGCAGCAUGUCUGCCAUGUUCUUCUAAAACAGUUGGGAUCCUGCCAUCUUCUGACAGCUUUUAUUAGGCUCUUCUAUGUUGCAUUUUCUUUUUCUUUUUUUUUUUCUUUUACAUCCAUGAACUGUAUUGCCUCGGCUGUUCAAAGACGUUUGAGGAACCUUCUGGAGUCUCUGCCGAAAUGUGACGCUGUGGGGAAGUGAACUAUUUUGUGACUUUCGCAUCAGUUGCUUACUUUUGACAAAUUCCAAAGAUUUGAGCUGAACGUCAUCAGUACUCCAGAUUAAAACCAAGGUCUUCUGAAUCUCUUAUUUUAUUUCCUGUAUCCCCAGACUGAGGAGCGAGUGCUUCAGUAUGCAGGCAUACUUGAUUAGGAGGGCGGCAGACAGCUGCAUGUGCGCUUAGUGAUGUCUUAAGUUAAACCUUUACUGUCAACUUAGUUAUGUUUCUGUUAACUGCCUAAUCAGGCCAAGGUGAGGACCAGAAGGUGGCUUGUCAAAAGCUGAGUCAAGUACUGCAAAACUUUCCUUUCUAUAACCUAUAGUUGGAGGAAGCUGAGGCCUGAGAGCUCAUAUUGGGUUCCAGUCUCAUCCGGAGACCUUUGAACUCUCUUCCGGUAAGACCUGGCUUGUUUUAAUGUAUGGCAUUUCCAGGGUUACGCAGUAUUAACUCACACCUCUUAUAUUCCUGGUAGCCACUGCAUCUGGGGAUUUUUUUGUUUUUAAAUGUUCCUUCUUACAGCUUUUUCAGACAAACUUGUGUUUCUGUACAUAGACCAUGCAUUGAAUACUGUUGAGUCUGUAUGUGUAUAAAAAAUACUUUUGAAUAUGUAAAACAAAAAAA